AUGGAUACAAAUACAACCGUAGUUUACUCGGUCACCGUAAGGUGUACCACGAGAGCCAAUAGCAGUUCUAUUGAUAAUUCAACUGGAAAAAAAAGGCAACGGUCGCCGUCGCCGACGGAUAACGUGCCUUCAAAGCAAUCCAAAAAAAGUCCGAAGCGUGACGGAGAACUGCAACCACGUAAGUUUCUGUACUUCUUUAUUAUAAUAUUUUUUUUGUUCGCUGUUGUACACGACGGACGCAGUGUUACUAAAUACUGUUUUCACAAGUGUAUACAUUUGAAAUAUCGCAUAAUUGUAGUUUUUGAAUUAAUAAUACUUAAAAACACGUUCUGUAACUGUAUAAUGCGUUUUCUGAAAUGUGCAGAAUUAGUGGUAUCUCCAUCNGAUAUUUUUUACUUCUUUAUUAUGAUAUUUUUUUUGUUCGCUGUUGUACACGACGGACGCAGUGUUACUAGACGGACGCAGUGUUACUAAAUAUUGUUUUCACAAGUGUAUACAUUUGAAAUAUCGCAUAAUUGUAGUUUUUGAAUUAAUAAUACUUAAAAACACGUUUUGUAACUGUGUAAUGAAAUGUGCAGAAUUAGCGGUAUCUCCAUCGCGAAGUCCAACUUCUGCGACCUACAGNGAUGAUGAAACCGACGACGAAACAGUUAGUCUGAUGUCACCGUCGUAAGUAUCUUUGACCGAAUCGUAACUAAUAUUGUUUUAUAUUAAAAAACAAAAAUUAAUAUUAUUCGCACAGCCUUCGUUCUGCGUCACCGCCACCGGAUCUGAGUACUGGACGUUCGUUAUACGAACUGCUCAUGUCAGCUAGCGAUCUAUCAGAUGGCGAUUUCGACGACGGCAGUACUCACAGUAGGUCGCCAUCACCGCCGUAAGUACAAGUAUUUUUGACCGUAUCGUAACUAAUAUUGUUUUAUAUUAAAAAACAAAAAUUAAUAUUAUUUACACAGCCUUCGUUAUGCGUCACCGCCACCGGACUUGUUUAUUAGACGUCCGUUAUACGAAUUACUCAUGUCAGCUAGCGAUCUGUCGGACGGCGAUUUCAACGAUGACAGUGAUUACGGUAGUUCGUCAUCACCGCCGUAAGUACAAGUAUCUUUGACCGUUUCGUAACUAAUAUUGUUUUAUAUUAAAAAAAACAAAAAUUAAUAUUAUUCGCACAGCCUUCGUUAUGCGUCACCGCCACCGGAUCUGAGUACUGGACGUUGGUUAUACGAACUACUCAUGUCAGCUAGCGAUCUGACAGAUGGCGAUUUCCACGACGACAGUACUUACAGUAGGUCGCCAUUACCGCCGUAAGUACAAGUAUUUUUGACCGUAUCGUAACUAAUAUUGUUUUAUAUUUUUAAAGAAAAAAAAAAAUCGGUGUAGACUGUGUAAAUUUUGUGAUCUUUCUGAUUUGGUCUUAACCAGUUUUCCAUUAACAUAAUUGAAAACUAAUAUGUAAAUAUUAUUAAAUAUUAUUUAGCUUGUACCCGACCAGCGAAGGACAUCUGGACAAUCCUAUAAAUGUUCCGGGCCCCCAAAGUACAGGCUUUAAUGCGNAAUAUUGUUUGACAUUUUUAAAGAAAAAAAAAAAAUCGGUGUAGACUGUGUAAAUUCUGUGAUCUUUCUGAUUUGGUCUUAACCAGUUUUGCAUUAACAUAAUUGAAAACUAAUCUGUAAAUAUUAUUAAAUAUUAUUUAGCUUUUACCCGACCAGCGAAAGACAUCUGGACAAUCCUAUAAAUGUUACGGACCCUCAGAGUACAGGCUAUAAUGCGCCAUCUUUGUACAAUAGUAUGUUGCCAAGUUCGUACAGUAUGGCAUAUUGGCCGUACGACUUAGCAUCUUCAUCAUACAUGCCGGUGUCACCAACGUGAGUACUGAAUAUCUUUGAUAGUAUCAAAACUAAUAAUGAUGUUUGAUUUUUAAAAAACUGUUAAAAAAAAAAAAAAAAAACGGUCAAAAACUUUACCAAAUGUAUAAUUACCUAUAUUUUUGAAAAGUUAGUUAAAUAUUUUGUACCGUAGGUAAGUAUGAAAUUAAACAAUUAAACGUUUGUUUACAUAUAUAUAUAUAUUUAUAGCCCUAUCGUAUCUCCGCCCAAUGGUUCGCAACAAUAUGACGAGCCCAUAUAUGUUUCGAGUGACAACGAGGCCAUAUUGAUUUCGNAAAAAAAAAACGGUCAAAAACUUUACCAAAUGUAUAAUUACCUAUAUUUUUGAAAAAUUAUAUUAAAUAUUUUGUAUCGUAGGUAAGUAUGAAAUUAAACAAUUAAACGUUUGUUUACAUAGAUAUAUUUAUAACCCUAUCGUAUCUCCGCCCAAUGGUUCGCAACAGUAUGACGAGCCCAUAUAUGUUUCGAGUGACAACGAGGCCAUAUUGAUUUCGAGUGACGACGACCACAUAUUGAUUUCCAGUGACGACGACCACAUAUUGAUUUCCAGUGAUGACGACCACAUACUGAUUUCCAGUGACGACGACCACAUAUUGAUUUCCAGUGACGACGACCACAUAUUGAUUUCCAGUGGCGACGAAGGCGAUGUAUACCCUUAUGAUGUUUGACCCACCGGGCUGUGUUUUUUUUUUUUAAUUUUGUUAUAUACCUUUCACCUCAUUGA